UGGUCUCCUCGCCAGUGUGCCGCCGCGCAACGCUUUGUUUGCCUCCUUGAAGGCAAUAUUAAAAGGGUUCUGGCGCCGCUGCCUUUGUUUUACAUGUGCGCGCCUUCCAAUAAAGUUUUUUGACAAACGCCAGCCUUGGAUACAGUUUUGGACAAAUGGGUAGCAUCACAGAUGAUGAGGUUAUUCGGAAGCGUCUUCUUAUUGAUGGAGAUGGAGCUGGAGAUGACAGACGCAUUAAUGUACUCAUGAAGACAUUCACCAAAUGGUGCCACUCCAAUGUCUCGCCAGACGAAGGGUUUGUGCAGUAUCAAAGGAUGCUGACAUCUUUAGCUCAGUGUGAAUACUCCAUGGGAAAGACUCUGCUUGUGUAUGACAUGAACCUGAAAGAAAUGGAGAAUUAUGAAGAAAUCUAUGCAGAUAUUGGGAAAAGUAUUACAUCAGCACAUGAAAAGAUUGUAGAGUGCAAAAAAGAAAUCCUGAGAGCAAAAAGGAUACGCAAAAAUCGUCAAGAGUAUGAUGCUUUGGCCAGAGUUAUCAAACAACAUCCAGACAGACAUGAGACCUUAAAACGGCUUGAGGCUUUAGACAAAGAGCUCCAACAGCUUUCACGGACCAAAGAGAAUGUGGAGGACAAGUUGGAGCUUCGUAAGAAACAGUUCCAUGUCCUUCUCACCACCAUCCAGGAACUUCAGCAGACUUUAGAGAAUGAUGAGAAGAUGGAAAAUGAUGAUUCCCAGGAAAGCCAAAUGGAAAGUGGAGACUAGGCAUUUGUGUUUUUCCAGUUUUUCUGGUUUCGAUUGUUUGGAUGAUAUCUUAUUAUCCCGUUAUUUGCCAUGUGUUCCAAAACAGUCUUUUUUUUUUUUUCAAAUUUUAAUGUCAUUUUAUUUUGAAGUUUACAGUUGAUUGUGUACAGUUUUACGAUUGGCAUGACACAAUAAAGUUAUUUUACAA